CCCUUACAGACUUCGGCCAUCUUGGUUUACGACUUCAGAGCUGAGUACCUGCAACUGGCAACGAAGUACCAGUUAUAAACAGGGGUCUUUUUUGCAUGAGCAUGCGCGACCGCUGAACAAGCGAUGUGCAUGGAGGCUCACCACAGGGUUUGCCUUCAUCAAAAUGGCGCGUCUCAAAGCUAUCAUACCGAUUAUUUUGCUCGUUGGUCUUGGCGAAUGUGCUCGUGAUUUAACAAAAUGUGUAGUUUGCAAAAAAAACUCUAACAUGGUCUUAACAAAAGCGAAGUAGACCGGCUUUAACAUACACGAGCUACUAUCAAAUUUCAUCUCCCCAUUUGACCUGGACAACAGCGCGCGAAUAUGUAGUGCCUGGAGGAUUGCGCUGGCCUCAUCAAAGUCUAAACAAAGUGCAGCAAUGUUUGUUGAUGCAAGUAAAAACUUUGAGUUUUCUUUGUUUUGAAAUCGGAAAGGAAGAGAAAUAUUAAAAACAAAAACAAAAAAAUUCAGCGAGUGGGUUCGAAGUGCGCGAAAACCGAUGUUCAGUUCAGCAGUGAAUUAAUAUAUGUUCUACAAUUUUCCCAGCACUUUAAAGCUACAAAAUUAAGAGCACACGAGACGUAGAUUAGUCACCUGGUGAGAUGUUGGUGGUAGUCACUCUGUAUGUCUCGAACAAUAAAAAAAAUGAAUAUCAAUGAGACACAGUCAAAACUGCAUUCAAUAGGACCGAAAUUAAAGUCCAAUAUUGUGACCGAUUUUGAUGAAACAAACGGUUAGGUUUCCAAAGAGGUACAGUAAACAUGUGAUGCCGACCAAAAGUUAAAAAUCAUUAGAACAUUUAAGUUCUGGCUAAAAGCAAAUUUCUGUAAAAGAUGCGUUACAAUGUUAGUCCACGCAAGAACAAGAAGUUCUACAAUUUUCCUAUAAACAAACUUUGUAUCGCUAAAAUACCUAAGGCAAAAACUUUCUAUUUCAACUGAAAACGGCGUGGUAGUCGCCCGCUGAUCGUUAUUAAUCCACUCCCGAAAUAUGGCUAAAUCAGCUAUUAACAAAUAAUUGACAGAAUUCCUCUACGGCAUCGAGAAACUGAUUUACAUCCGAUUUAUAGACAAACACUAAAUAAAGAACAUUUUGCUCAGUAGCUACGCAUCAGCAAUGCAUUCUAUGCCAAACUUUGCGGUUCUUAAAGGGGAAUCAAGACACGAGUCGAGCGCCAAACAACAACAAGCAGCCAUGUUCGUGUCAGACAUCCUUGAGUAACUUGCUCUUUCACCUCGUUCAGCGCAUCAGUCUCCACUUUAAAUCAACAGAUCUUUACUUAUUUUGUACAACGAAGGUCUUUCCUAAGUUCCUGCUACCAUUUCAAUCUCUAGCAAGCUUUCAAAGUGAACAAUUUGGUUCCUAUGACUAUGCAGCACUGUCGCUGUCACUGGUCGCGUGCUCUUUGACAAGUCAGCGGUCGCGCAUGCUCAUGCAAAAAAGACCCCUGUUCCAGUUAUAUGCAGUAGACGAAAUUGUCGCGUUCCACAGGGAUCGAUGUUAAACAAUCAUGACUCAUUUGGCUGAUAAAUUUGCAAGUUUAUCGUUAAAGGAAAUAAACAAAAUCCAGGAACAAGUCUGUUCUGCAAUCAGCGCUCUUCACAGUGGAAAAGACCUGUUAUCAAUAAAGAAGAAUGUUCAAUACAUCUUGGAGCAAGUCAACAAGAACCUAGAUUUGAUCAAGGCCUCAUGCAAGGAAGAAGGUACUAAUCGACACUUGGCGGGAAACGGAUUUUAUACACUGUCUCCUGGUUGGAUCAUGCCCGAGGCGGGGGGGGGGGUACUCCUGGGAAUUCUUGGCGAGGGUGCAGUGAUGCCAACUCUCCUGCUUUUGGCGAGAGACUUACGCUUUUUUGCCUCGUCUCCCGCUCUCUCGCUUUUUACGUCCACUGUAAAUAUUGAAUACUUAGUAAAAAAUAAAACAGACUUAAUUUGAGAUUUAGCCCAUUUUUAGCUCAAAACCUUAAUUUUUCUUAUUCGCAGUACGGUUUCUGGGGCAUUUUGCUCGUAUUUAGUCAUUGACAAAGAUUAUACGAUGAUUUCGAAUUUUGAUCGCACGGUACAUCAUGUAAGACGUCAUAUAAUGUCCUAAGUCAUUCCGAUUGGGGGCUGGGUCAAUUUUUCGGGGAGGGGGGGGGUCGUUGAAAUUCCGGGGGGUAGUGAAAAAAAGACAGUCUCCCGAUUUUAGGUCUCCAGAGGUUGGCAUCUCUGAGGGUGUGCCGCCCGGUUCUCCAAAUCCUGACACUAUUUCAGGCAAAAAAAUGCCACUUUUCACACCCUUAUUUAGACCUGGUCUUUAAGAAAUUAUGUCAUUAUUACUUAAAUUAGAACAACAACAAAAAUCCAUUUUGAAUUUGCAUAUUUCUCUUUCUUUGUUACUCAUUUGGAAUUGAAACGAUAAAUGCAUUCAUGCACUCCUGUAGUUCCUUCGAAAACCAUACCCGAUUCCAGACCAAAAUAGGCAAAGUGUAUACCCGUUUUCAGACCAAAAUGGCACAAAAAUCCUAACAUAAGGGAGUACCCCUCGUGGGAUCAUGGAAGUUUCUCCCACCAUUUUUAUACAAUGGUCCCUUGGGCAGGGUUGGGGGGGGAGUGUAAGCCCAGGGUCAGCCCAUCAGGUUUAAGUGGCUUUAAAUUACACGUAAAUCAUACAUUCAUAUCACAACAAUCUGUAGUGUUUCAUUCAUUUAUUAGUCAUUAUUUUGCUGCAAUAUAUCAUGUUCUAAAAAGGUAUCCAGAGAUUGAACUUGUGAUAGCCAGGUAAAUUCCUUAUCCUUUCCAGAGGAGAGGGGAUGAGGGCUUUGUCUUUGUCGAAAUUUUAAAAAGGGGGAUAGGGAUGCAUUGUAAAGAAACUAUUACAGUUCUGCAAUUUCUCAGUUAACUUUUCGUGUAUUGAAUACCUAUACAUCGCCAUUCACAAUUAAGUGAUCCACAUUCAACAUUUUAAGACUAACUGACCUGACAAAUCGUGAAGGCAAGGUGGUCUACUCUGUAAGAGCGGUUGGAAGGUCGGUGCAUAGGUUACCUGGUCCCUGGUCUCUCCACCAUCGUCACCGUCAUGUUCCUGACAUUAAAAAAGAAACUUAAGGUGACUCUGUCAUUAAUACUGGACCAUUUGGCUGUGACAAAUUUUCCAUCAUAACUUUUUUGGUUUUAACACGAUGGCUAAAAAACCAUUGCAAAGAACAAGAGGAGUUAUUCGGUAAUACAAUAUGAAAUAUUCCGAUUUCAUUGAUGCUAAAUAUUUCUUGAGAAAUUAGCGCUUAAAAGGACCCUACUGUUCAAAGAAAAUCGCGUCUAGUAAAAAACUAUGCUGAUAUUUUUACUGAAUUUUGUGCUAUCGGUUUUUAUUGAUAUAAUAAAUAUGCCAGCGAGAUUUCAGAAAAAUCUUUGGAGCAGAAGUCUGUAACUAAAAGUCACUCAAAAUUCAGCUGUGAAAUUGUUUUGGAAUUUCAAACGUUAAUUACUAUCACGUAGAAGGAGCCACCAGUUCAAAUUUUUGGGACAAGUAAAUUCAAUGUUUGCUAAUUCAGAAAACAAAAACCAAUUGCCUAUUGUGCUAUUCUUUAAAUGGUACUUUUUAGUUUAAGAAGCAGUAUAAAUUGCUCCAAACCUUGUUCUGACGUCAAAUGCUUUGUUCCUCAACAUUUUUAAAGUAUCCCUUAGCAGUUUUGACUCAAACUCCAGCUACAUACAUUUUGAUGUAUCGCAAUGCAUCCUCGAUGGCUUUUCCUGCUGUACAUUGCUUCCAAUUCAUGAAAAAGACAUCUGAUGUUUGUUCUCUGAUGUCUAAUGUCAGACGUCUCAUAUGAGACGUCUGCUGUCAUAUAAUUUUUUUAUCAGACGUCUUAUUUUAUAUGUUAUGUUAUAUAACUGUUAUCAGACGUCUGAUGUCUAACAUUAGACGUCUGAUACCAGUUAUAUGACAGCACAUGUCUGGUGUCAAACUUCUGACAUCAGACAUCUGAUAACAGUUACAUGACAGCAGAUGUCUGAUGUCUGAUAUCAGACGUCUGCUGUCAUACAGUUGUUAUCAGACGUCUGAUGUCUAACAUCAGAUGUCUGAUAACAGUUAUAUGAUGUCAGACCCCUGAUAACAGUUAUAUGACAGCAGACGUCUGAUGUCAGAUGUCUGCUCUCAUAUAACUGUUAUCAGACGUCUGAUGUUAUAUGUUAUGUUAUAAAACUGUUAUCAGACGUCUUAUGUCUAAUAUCAGACGUCUGAUAACAGUUAUAUAAUGUCAGACGUCUAAAGUCAAACAUCUGAUAUGAGACGUCUGCUGUCACGUAAUUGUUUUUAGAUGUCUGAAGUCAUUUGUCUUUUAUUAGACGUCUGAUAUCAAACGCCUGAUAUCAGACAAAUAACAUCAGACGCCUGAUGACAGAUGUUUGACAUCAGACGUCUGCUGUCAUAUAACUGUUAUCAGACGUCUGAUGUCUGAUUUUAUAUAUUAUGUUAUAUAACUGUCAUCAGACAUCUGAUGCCUAAUAUCAGACGUCUGAUAACAGUUAUAUGAUGUCAGAUGUCUGAUAACAGUUAUAUGACAACAGACAUCUGAUGUCAGACGUUUGCUGUCUUAUAACAGCUGUUAUCAGACGUCUGAUGUUAUAUGUUAUGUUAUAACUGUUAUCAGAUGUCUGAUGUCUAAUAUCAGGCAUCUGAUAACAGUUAUAUCAUGUCAGACGUCUGAUAACAGUUAUAUGAAAGCAAAAGUCUGCUGUCAUAUAUUUGUUAUCACAAGUCUGAUGUCUGAUUUUAUGUUAUUUUAUAUAAUUGUCAUCAGACGUCUGAUGUCUAAUAUCAGAUGUCUGAUAACAGUUAUACAAUGUCAGACAUUUGAGAACAGUUAUAUAACAGCAGACAUCAGCUGUCAUAUAACUGUUACCAAACAUCUGAUGUUAUAGGUUAUGUUAUAUAACUGUUAUCAGACGUCUAAUGUCUAAUAUCAGACGUCUUAUAACAGUUAUAUGAUGUCAGACAUCUGAUAUGAGACGUCUGCUGUCAUUUAUCUCAUAUCAGACAUCUGAUGUCAGACAACUGAUAUGAAACCAGACAUCUGAUAACAGUUACAUGACAGCAGAUAUCUUAAGUCAGAUGUCUGAUAUCACACGUUUGCUGUCAUAUAACUGUUACCAGACGUCUGAUGUCUGAUUUUAUGUUAUGUUAUAUAACUGUUAUCAGACGUCUGAUGUCUAAUAUCAGACGCGUGAUAACAGUUAUAUGAUGUCAGACGUCUGAUAACAGUUAUAUGUCAGGAGACGUCUGAUAUCAGACAAAUAACAUGAGACGUCUGAUAACAGUUAUAUGACAGCACAAGUCUGAUGUCAAACGUCUGACAAGAGUUAUAUGACAGCACACGUCUGAUGUCAAACCUUCUGACAUCAGAUGUGUGAUGUCUGAUAUCAGAUGUCUGAUAUGACAUCAGACAUCUGAUAACAGUUACAUGACAGCAGACGUCUGAUAUCAGAUGUCUGCUGUCAUAUAACUGGUAUCAGACGUCUGCUGUCUGAUUUUCUAUGUUAUGUUAUAUAACUGUCAUCAGACGUCUGAUGUCUAAUAUCAGACGUCUGGUAACAGUUAUAUGACAGCAGAUGUCUGAUAACAGUUAUAUGACAGCAGACGUCUUAUAUGAAAUCAGACAUCUGAUAACAGUUACAUGACAGCAGAUGUCUUAUGUCAAAUGUCUGAUAUCACAUAGACUGCGAGCCAAGCUUAGACUUGACUGACUGAAGAGGGACUUCUCGCAGUCUAGAUAUCACACGUCUGCUGUCAUAUAACUGUUAUCACACAUCUGAUGUCUUAUUUUAUAUAUUAUGUUAUAUAACUGUUAUCAGACAUCUGAUGUCUAACAUUAAACGUCUGAUACCAGUUAUAUGAUGUCAGACGUCUGAUAACAGUUAUAUGUCAGCAGAUGUCUGAUAUCAGAUAAAUAACAUCAGACGUCUGAUAACAGUUAUAUGACAGCACACGUCUGAUGUCAGAUGUCUGCUGUCAUAUAACUGUUAUCAGACAUCUGAUGUUAGAUAUUAUCUUAUAUAACUGUUAUCAGACGUCUGAUGUCUAAUAUCUGAUGUCUGAUAACAGUUAUAUAAUGUGAGACGUCUAAAGUCAGACAUCUCAUAUCAGACGUCUGCCAUCAUAUAAUUGUUAUCAGACAUCUGAUGUCAUUUGUCUUUUAUCAGACGUCUGAUUUCGGACAAAUAACAUCAGACGUCUGAUGUCAGACGUUUGACAUCAGACAUCUGCUGUCUUAUUUUAUAUGUUAUGUUAUAUAACUGUCAUCAGACGUCUGAUGUCUGAUAUCAGACAUCUGAUAACAGUUAUAUGAUAGCAGACGUCUGCUGUCAUACAACUGUUAUCAGACGUCUGAUGUCAUAGGUCUGAUACCAGACGUCUGAUGUGUAAUGUCAGACGUCUGAUGUUUGUCGCCUGAUGUCAGACCUCUGACAUCAGACGUCUCAUGUCUGAUACCAGACGUCUGAUGUGUAAUGUCAGACAUCUUAUAUUUGUUGCCUGACAUCAGAGGUCUGAUGUCAUAUGUGUAAUAUCAAAUGUCUAAUGUCAUAUGUCUAAUACCAGACGUCUGAUGUGUAACCUCAGACGUCUGAUGUCAUAUGUCUGAUAUGAGACGUCUAAUGUCAUAUGUCUGAUACCAGACGUCUGAUGGGUAAUGUUAGACAUCUGAUGUUUGUUGCCUGAUGUCAGACGUCUGACAUCAGACAUCUCAUGUCAUAUGUCUGAUAUCAGACGUCUGAUUUGUAAUGUCAGGCAUCUGAUGUCAUAUGUCUAAUAUCAGACAUCUGAUGAUUAAUGUCAGACGUCUGAUGCUUGUUGCCUGAUGUCAGACGUCUGACAUCAGAUGUCUGAUGUCAUAUUUCUGACAUCAGACGUCUGAUGUCAUCUGUCUGAUAUGAGACGUCUUUUAACAGUUAUAUGAUGUCAGACGUCGAAAGUCAGACGUCUUAUGAGACGUCUGCUGUCAUAUAAUUUUUAUCAGUCGUAUGAUGUUAUUUGUCUUAUAUAAUAGACGUCUGAUAUGAAAUCAAACAUCUAAUAACAGUUACAUGACAGCAGACGUCUGAUGUCACAUGUCUUGUAUCAUGCAUCUGAUGUGUAAUGUCAGACGUCUGCUGUCAUAUGCCUGAUACCAGACGUCUGAUGUGUAAUGUCAGUCAUCUGAUGUUUGUUGCCUGAUGUCAGACGUCUAAUGUCAUAUAUCUGAUACCAGAUGUCUGAUGUGUAAUGUCAGACGUGUGAUGUUUGUUGUGUGAUGUCAGACGUCUAAUGUCAAAAUUAUGUCUGAUACCAGACAUCUGAUGUGUAAUGUCAGACAUCUGACAUCAGACGUCUGAUGUGUAAUGUCAGAAGUCUGAUGUUUUUUGCCCAAUGUCAGAGGUCUGAUGUUUGUUGAUUGAUGUCAGAUGUCUGAUGUCAUAUGUCUGAUAUCACAUGUCUGAUGUUUGAUGUCAUAUGUCUGAUAUCAGACGGCUGAUGUCUAAUGUCAGGCAUCUGAUCUUUCUGCCUGAUGUCAGAUGUCUGAUAUCAGAUGUCCGAUGUCAUAUGUCUGAUAUCAGACGUUUGAUGUCUGAUGCCACGUCUGAUGUCAGACGUUUGAUGUCUGAUGACAGACGUCUUAUGUCAUAUGUCUGAUGUCUAAUGUUUGUCUGAUGUCAUCAGAUGUCUGAUGAUAGACAUCUGAUGUCAUAUGUCUGAUAUCAGACAUCUGAUGGCAGACGUCUGAUACCAGAUGUACAAUGUCAGAUGACUAAUGUUGUUUUGAAGUCAGACGUCUGGUGUCAGAUAUCUGAUGUCAGACAUCGGAUGUCAUUUUUAUACAAGAGUUUUGAGCGGCGCAAAAAUUGAAAUUUCUAGAGUAGGGGAUUUUAUACCAACCCUUAGGGAUUUUUUCUAAUUUUGAUUAUAUCCUCUAUCAACCUUUUCUGCCACUCGCACUUCCGAGUUUCACUCCUAUAGGACUUGAAAAUGGAGGAAGGGUACUCUCUUAUAUAAACUAUAUAGGUAUGCCUGUUCCCACCUGUUUAGGACUUGAAUCUGGGAUGUCCGGUAUCCUAUAACCACUCAAUCAUGUUGAUCAAAUAUUGCAGCAUCAUCAUGGUUGAGGAUUACAGGGAGAGUGAGUCAGAAAGAAUUAGCAUCAUGGGAGCGACUUGGAGAGGGAAGGUUCUCAAGUGUUUACAAAGCAAAACUCAAAGGCAAUGAUGUAGCUGUCAAGGUUCUGAAAAAUCUCAAGGAAACCAAGCCACUGCUUACAGAGGGAAAUCUCCUAAGGUAUUUCUACUCAUGAUUCUCAGAAGUUACUCAAUUUCUCAGCUACAGAAGAUGGAAAAUAUUGUUUUGGUUUUGCGAUCAGGCAUUUGUGGAUUUUAUCACAUGGGGAAGAUUAAAUUAACCUGUUAUCAAGUAUUUCAGGGUAUUGAAAUUCUGUUAAUUAUUAAUAUUGUGGUAUCUGUAGUGCACUACUCUACAUAGAGCAGGCUAGAAGUGUUGGAAAAUACCAUAAUACUAACAGAAAAAGAUUAGAAAUACACCCUAAGUUGAAAGAUGUGUAGUUGUCAGCAUAGUGCUGAAAUUAUGAGUCAUUAAUUUUUCAUCUGAAAGUACCCCUGAACAUCAGCAUGAUAAUUAUGCAUUUUUUACAUAAUAAUUAUUGCCCCAGUUUAGUAUAAAGCUUCAUGUUUUCUAACUAAUUAACCUAAUUAGUAUUUUUCUUUGUAUUUCAACAGGGAUCUUCGUCAUGACAACAUUGUUGCUUUUAGAGGAAUGAAUAUUUUGGAAAGUGAUAUUGUAAAUGAGAAAUUUACUCUAAAAGCAGGCACUCCUUUCCUAGUAAUGGAAUACAUCCCUAAGAAUCUGUACAGAUUUGUGGAAGAUCACAAAACUCCUGAAUCUCAGGGACUUCCCAGAAGUCAGGUGUGGACUAUUGGCAGAGGAAUGGCUAAUGGUUUGAUGUACCUGCAUGGUUUGAAUCCACCCAUAAGCCACAGAGACUUGAAGCCUGAUAAUAUUCUGGUAAGUCUUUCUCUUUUUAAGACUUUGUUGUUAUUUCUCUUUUUGAGUAAAGACUGUGUGAUUUGUCCAUUAGAUCCACUGAAUUCUGAGAUUUUCUGUGGGUAUUUCUGAUUGCUAUUGAUGAGACAAUGCUCUUAGAGAUGAAAGUGGCAAACGCUUCCCGGGGGGCACUCCCCUAUAAAAGUGAUGGGAGCCCCCCUUCCCGGGGAACGCUUUACCAUUCUGAUCAAGUUUGACAAUGUAAGUUUUGCAAUGAUGGCAAAAGAAUGUGCCAAAAAGUGCGCACCACAUUUAUUAAGUACGGGGUAUCCAACAAUGAAUGAAUCCUUUUUUCAAAUUUUCUUGAAUGAAUGAAUGCCUCCAUGGUGUGAUUUGUGUAUGCUAGAGAAGGAAAUGAAUCCAGGGAUGUGGUAUAUUAUUUUUAUAAGCCAUGUGGUUAAAUGAGUUAUAAUUUGAGUUUUGUUCAUUUGAUUGCAUUAUUAGCUGGAUGUCAGGAGUUUGAGGGUUAAAUUGGCAGACUUUGGUUUGUCACGGACAGUAGAAAGAACUGGAAAUGAUCUUUUAUUCCAUGCACGCUGGACUGCUCCUGAGGUUUGGGAAGAUUACAGGUACUUUGGUGAAGAACCUAUCGAAGGUAAAGGUCCAUGAAAACACAGAUUGUCAAUGAACUUAUUUACAUUUCAUUAAAAUUAUAUAAAGGUGUUCCUGAAUUUUUUGGUUUUGUAGAAUUACUGAUGAUAUCAAAAACAGACCACAAUUUUUGGGCAACACUGUUUAUUGACUAGUAAAUCAGACUUGAGAUCAAUAAAUGAAACUACUGGGGGUGGAGUGGAUGGGAAAAUGUUGACAAGCUCCAAACUGGCUGAAAGGGCCUAAGUGAUCUGGAAGACGAUUUGCUGAGGUAGCUACUAUACGGACAGCUAAGGAGCGUGUUCUCAUUUGGUAAUUACCCUUCAUCACCUUGGGUGAUUUUGGUUCUCUGAAUUGUAAUAAUAGUGCACCAAUCACUACAACAAUCAGUCAAUAAAAAUAUUUCUAUUUAAAAUACUUUCAGCUGAGAAUGACUAUGUUGGAGUUGGAUUUAAUAUUUUAUUCUAAAUUACUACUUCACCUCCAGAAAAUGAGGCUCUUGAAUUUUUCCUGCGUGCUGACAUCUACUCUUAUGGACAAGUGGUAGCUUACACUUUAACAGGAAAGAUGCCAUGGCAUGGCCAGAACACCGUGAGUGUAGCAGGAAUUCAAAAUAAUAUGAUUCAGUCUCUUGAUCAGGUUGAGAUUCCUGAGGAACUGAGUGGAAAACUGAGGAGUGUUAUUCAUGACUGUCGCCUGGAAGACCCACAAGAACGUCCUACAGCUGAUAGAUUAGUUCAAGAUUACUUUGAAGGUAAGGCCAUCAUUUUAUUAAUUUUUAUUAUAUCUACCAAUGAAAUACCAGGUGAGCUUUCACGCGAAAACUUGAUAUCUUCACUGUGAAAAUAACAUAAAUAACAUAAAUAACAUGUUAACUUCACACGUUAAAAUAUCACUGUUGCUAUGGCUACAUAAUAAAUUGCGCUUUUCACACCAAAAAACUAUUAAAGUGAAAUGGUUUGGUAUUUCAUUGGUGUUUAUAUAAUAAACAGAACAUUACAUGGCCGCUUGGAGAUACGAAAUUUCUCUUCUCGUGUUGAAAAAAUAUUUCACUUAUUUGCUGCACUCACUCAUGAAAUAUUUUUCAACACUCAAAGAGAAAUUUCAUAUCUUUGCACGACGAUGUAAUAUCCUCAAUAUAUUUAACUGUGAUCCUUAAAAGUCGUUUUGCCAGCGUCCUGUUUGCUAAUAUCUUAAGUUGUUUUGCUAACGUGUUAAUUCAUUUUCCCAACUUUUAUCACCUGAUUAAUGGCUUAAACAAGAGGUAUACAAAUGUGUAUCGACUUUUUUUGUAAUGGCGGCAACAAUGAGGUAUAUACUCAGGGUUUUAAUUAAGAAUUCUAGUAAUAGUCAUAGGCUAUGGAUUUUUAGCUGGAGAUUUCUGUGUAGUCAAUGGAGAAUUCUCCGAUCUCUGAAGCCUAAUGAACACCCUAUACACUUGCAUAGCACUCUUUUGGUUUCAUAAGCCUAGAACACCAGUGAAAGGGUUGCUAGCAAAAUGACACGUAAGCCAAACAACCGGACACCACUUUUUUUCAUCAACCCAAUUGAUUGAAAAAGAACCUGAGAAAAGUCGGGCCUGUCCAGGAUCCUUGCCAUGACCAAGCAAAGCAUUUUUACGGCGUUGCUAAAACGAGGGUGAGGGUGAGGGUAAGGGUGUGUUUAAGGGUAAGGGUGAGGGUUUGUUUAAGGAGAGGGUGAAAGCGUAUGGAAACAUAACUGUAGCGGUGAUCAUGCAGCUAUCAUUCAUCCGUUACUCUUGCUGGUUUUGAUGUGAAGUAGAUGAAAUAAUUCAUUUUUGAACCGCGGUUGUAGAUGAGAGUGAAGAAUGAUCAUCGCAGUAAAUUUUCCAGUUUAAGCAAUUGGAAAGAAGAAGCCUAGAAAAAAAAUCAGGGCUUCAACGGGAUUCGAACCCGUGGCCUCCGCGUUACCGGUGCGUUGCUCUACCAACUGAGCAAUGAAGCCACACAUAAAUUGACCUCGCUCCCAAUGUGUGGCUUCAUAGCUCAGUUGGUAGAGCAAUGCACCGGUAACGCGGAGGUCACGGGUUCGAAUCCUGUUGAAGCCCUGAUUUUUUUCAGGCUUCUUCUUUCCAAUUGCUUAAAUUGGAAAAUUUACUGCGAUGAUCAUUCUUCACUCUCAUCUUACUGGUUUUGUUAAGCACAAAGAAGAAAUUUUCUCACAGAAAUUGCGUUCUUUUGCGGACAAACGCUGUAGAAAAAAAAUCUGUCCAAGAGUCGAGGACGCGGAAAUCAAUGACUGCAAAUUUUUCUACUUAUCUCCCUCCCCUGGUCUGACCUCAGAGUUCUCAUAUUUCUCUACUCAUGGAAACCAAUUAGAGAGUAAACCUAUCGUAUGGUAAUCACGUGAAAUUUUGUGUCGACGUGAAUUUACUUCCAGCAUUUGCCCUCUUUGGCUGGUCUAAUUUCAAGGUUUGGCUAGCGUUCGCGUUUUUCUGUUGCAGUUAAGUAUUUCCAACAACGUGACCACAAAUUAGUUUUUUGCCCUUGAAAGGCUUGAAGAAAGGCAUGGAUCAAUAGUCUUCGAUCGUUCUCUGUACACUAAGGGACUGUUUAUAUGGGGAUGUGGGACCCUGGGUUGGCGAGGUGAUCCGCCAAAGGGUUAAAAAGCAAACCACCAGACCUUUUCAUUCAAUCUCAGAACGUCCACAGUCCCUCAUUCUGAGUUGAUAGUUCUUGUGUGGUCGCUUUUCUCCUUCUUGAAUACCAAGUAUUAUACUAAACCAAACCUACAUUAGUUUAACUGAUGUACUAACUUGUUUAUUAACGUUGAUAUUGUUCGCAAUAUCAAUUCAUACCCCAAAGAUAUCCCGACAAUCUUUCAGAUAUGUUGCAUUUGGAGACGAGCAAAAUGUACAUCUAACACUUUCCCUUAAAAAAGGCAAAUGUAUGGUCUUCAAACCGUGCCAAGUCCAAGAUGUAUGAAUUGUAAAAUUCAAAGAAAUGUUGGUAAUCAACAUCAUGAUUGUUUGAGUAAAGGAGACAAACUUUUUUUGGAGUAAUUUUGGAUGAAAAUUGUGGAAUUCCCACAACUCAGACUUCUCGCAAUUGAAAUUUUGCCAUUCGAUUAGUUAUAGUUUCCUUGUUUUUUCUUAUAAUAGCAAUCCCUCACCCUUACCCUUAGUCUCACCCUUACCCUCACCCCCACUCUCACCCUUGGUGUUACCUUUACCCUCGUUUUAGCAACGCCGGCAUUUUUAACCCAGAGAUAGAGCAGCUGAUCAGGUUGUAUUGUGUGUUGGUUAUAAAUUCCCUGGAAAAAUUGUGAACUUUCAAGAUUAAUUUUUUUUUCAGGAUCUCUUUCAGCUUCUUAGGUUCAACAUUAAUAGUGAGAAUCACAUCUACAGUCAUCUGUUUAAUACCCUAUUCAAAUUAUGUGAUUUACUUAAUUUACUACCAUAUUUAGCAUCAUUUUGAUUAAUUGUUAAAAUAAUCUAGUGUUUCAUUACACCCAUAAAAUGUCAUUUUAUGUUUGUCGUAGAUGAAAUGAAUCCUUAUCAAGCUGAAGCUAAAAGUGCUGAAUUCUUCUCAUGUGGCUUCCUUCAGCACACUUCUAUUUUUGUUGCAGAGAGCUUGGUUGAUGAGGUAAAGAUUGGGCUUAAUUCUGAGGCACAGUCAAGUGACACAAAUUCUCCUACCAAACUUAUCCUGCAUUACGUAACAGGGCUACCCCCUGGGUAAAAGGGUCAUUUAUUAAAGUGAAGGUACCCAAAUACUGAAAUAGCGGUUUAUAAAUGAAUGGUCACGCCCAAGGAUUUUGUCUAGUGACUCAAAAAGUUAGAACCACUUUUUACCACAUCAAAAAGAGCACUAAAAAAGUGCUGCUUUCCUUGUUAUGGUCACACUUUAGGAUUUCUUUGACAGUCUUAAAAGAACCACCCUGUGCAGCAUAAACAAUACGACAGGAAAUUGCUGCUCAGUAGCUUUCAUUUGGAUGGUCACACUUAAGGAUUUUAUCCACAAACUGAAAAGGUACAAGUACCUUAAUACAUGACUCAAUAAUUGACCCAGGAAGUGGAAUGGUAACUGUAUCAAUUUAAUUAAUUUGUUGCAAUUUUGCCCUGAGUCUAGUUUGCUUCUUUUCAAUCAAUUAGUCCAGUGAAGGAUUCUUCAAGACUGGAGUGCGUCCCCGGGGAUUUCCUGCUCAGUGUCUCUUGUGCAAAGUGGAAGUGGGAAAUGAAGAAUAUAACGACGUUCCCAAAGAAUGGACAUACGAGCAAAAAUACCGGAAGUAUUAUGUUGAAUUUAGAGAGGUAUAGAAUUUAUACAGACGCUACAUACCAGGUCAGCCUAUGUGGCUGUAGCAUGUAUCUUAGACGUUUUAACGGGAUGUGGGAAAGGAACAAACUGGCACGAACGAGAAUGCAAGCGGCACGCGAGGAAAAGGUUCUCCUACUUUCUCCCUCGUGUGCGUCCGAUUUUUCCUUCCCCUCUCUCAAACCCCCGUGGAACAGGGAUGUGAGCAGUGCGCUCGAGAAAGCCACCCUGUCCACAAGGUUUUUCACAAAAAAGCCUUUUCUAAGGGAAAAGCCUUGGUAGCCUGCGUAACAGGCGCUUAGAGGUAAUGGGCGUAAGAAAGACUCGGGGCGCGCGAGGAAGACACAUUUGGGGGAAAUUGAAGACAGAUCUGCAGUAAGGUAAGAAAACAAAACUCUGUCCGAAGCUUUCCCAGCCACAGCAGAAUAGCGACACCUUAAUUUCCAAAUAGAGUUGUUCUUUUAAAUGUAUCUGGUUCGUUGAAAAUUUUUCACUUUCGGCUCGAAAGUGGGGAAAGGGGCUUAAGUCUAAAAUUGAAGGUAAAUUUGAAGAUUAUCUCCUCCACAAAAGCGAAAAACUAGUAAUAAGUUUUAUUUUUUAAGCCGUUUUCUAAUGACCAGUUGUUGUUUUUUUUCAGUCUUUAAACAGUUUUCUGCCUUCCAAAUUAAAUUCAAUAGUCUGCUCGCAGGCUCUUUCAAUCACACACCUCCUAAAGCUAAGACAGCUUGCCUGCAAGGUGAAACUAGAAUAAACCAUUGAGAUCGACUAUGGCAUCCUCGGAGACCCAGGGGCGGUUAGUCGGGUCGAUAAAAUGUUUGUGGUGAAAGUUUACUGUAAGAUCGAUCUUACAGUAAGCUUUCACCAUGAACAUUUUAUCGACCCGACUAACCGCCCCUGGGUCUCCGAGGAUGAGACUAUGGCAUCGUAAGGCCAUUGACUCUUUUUUUUUUCGGCAUGUCUAGAAGGCCAUCGAUAAGACGAUAGGGCACCUUUACUCCAUUGCGCUUAAAUCUUUGAUCACUUCCCGAGAGGAAGAGCAGGAGCAACAGGAAAUCCAGCUUUCAUUUGGCCAGACAACAUACUGUCAUCACAGGGCCGUAAGAGAGAUCUGGAGGAAACUUGAGGAGUCUAAAAAGAGAGAGCUUGUCGUGUGUAAGAAUACAGUACAUCCUGUUUUCAGCACCUCAUUUGGGCUCCAUGUGGCAGUGCUUACGGCGGACAAUCCGCAGAAAUUUAUAUUUACAAGAAGAUCUAAUCAAGGUAAGUUAUUUUAGGGGACAGACUUGUGGUUUAACAUGGCACGAGACAUUCUCUCUAAUUUUUGGUGCUCAACAUUAUGUCCUCACUUACCUGAAACUGUUUUGCGCUGUCCCCAGGGCCCUUUUCUAUUCACAGGGAUUUGUAGGGAAAACCACCCUUGGAACUAGGUCGAAAUUUAAAGGUAGGCAUUCGACAAAGGUUACCGGUCAUUUCGCCCCGGUUAAUUAUUCCUCGUUCUAUAAGCCAGAAAGCAAAACAAGCACGUCUUAAAUAUAAUAUUCCUCGUUCUAGAAAAGGGGACUAUUUCAUUUUGAAGCACGAUGAAUGACUCGAAAAUAGGGGGCUAAGUGACCGGUUACCGGCAAAAUGACCGGUUUAAUACCUCGACCAAUACCUUAUUUCUGUUGCGAACGCUUUCGAGUUUGUCACCAUAUCCAUAGUAACUGCUGACCAGUUACAAUACGUGCUGACAAUAAAAUGAACCAAUCAGAUCUCAGAUCAAUCAGGUGUACCUGGUUCCAAAAAGCGCGGGAAAAAGCAUGGGAGCAAGUCACGAGGCUUUGGGGGCAAGAAUUUCAGCCAAUCAAAACGCGUAGCAAUUCAAGGUAAAGGCAUUGACAUCAGCAAUGACUUAGCAAUAACUUAAGUAGUGUGUUUGAAACUAGCAAUACACUAAGAGAGGUAGAUCAAAGAUAGUUUGACAGUUGUAAUAGUCUUAAUUUUUUUUAAAUUGUCCUCCAGAUAGUAGUGUUUUUAUUUCUUGCGGCAACGACUACCAUAAUCUAUUUCCAGUAAAGCGAACAAAUUCUCCAAAUCUUGGAGAUCUUGGGAAGAGUAAGACGUAUUCAGUUUUUGCUUUUUCCUUAAUUGCUUGACAUGGUUUCCCCGGCAUUUGGUUUUAGAGGGAAUGCCAAGUCCCGGCAAAUUCACUUGUGGAGCCGUGGAAAGCGCUUCAGUAAAGGACUAUGUUCACAAAGAUGGCCAAGCGUACGUGGACCUGAUCAAGACAGCUGCGAGAGGACUGAAGGAAGAACUUCGUGUCGAACUGAAAGGAAGCGAUAUCGAGGCUCUUUGCCUCACAACCGUAUACCUCAAAUUUGACACGCACGAGUGGGGUUGUUGUGGCUACGUCGACCUGUCGGAUCCCCGAGUCUCGCCCGAAUGCCGACUGACAUAUGAGCAGAUAGAGUCUAGGUUCACCUCAGGCCCAAAGGACAAGUUCAAGCAUGCAAAUCUGGUUGCUUUGGACUUUGAACUAUCGGAGAUGGUCGAGUUCGUACGGGACAAUUACGAAGAUUUUGCCAGCUCUGCUAAGCUGGUGGUAGUGAAAGUUUUGCAAUCGUUUUUUGGAGUUGCUGCUGUGGAGAGAGCCUUUUGUGUUUACAUGGAAGAUCGAGAGAGCGUUUCCCAAAAUGCUAAUUCGCAAAUUUAA